AUGGCUGAGUUGGUAGCGUCUGAGGACGCGGAAAGGACGCUGAAUAACGCCUUGGUUGCAGGCGGUGAGCCGGUUCAGCAGGCCGCCAUGGAUGUUGAUAUGGCAGAAGCGAGUGGCGUUAGAAAUGCUGAGCUGGAGGAGCUCAAGGUAUGCGGUCAAAUGCAUAAGAAAUUGAAAGAGGCAGAGAUUGCAGUGGUAGCAGAGGUAGCGCGGCAUUGGCGCAGUGGGGAUGCAAAGAGAGAUAAGUUUGAAGCAGUGGCGAGAGCUGCGAUACAGGCAGUGGAGGAGCAGUUAGACUGCCUGAAGGGUCUGUAUGCCAAAAAGCGAGAGGAAAACGUGGGAGUGCGUGAACUCAUGAUUUCCUUGGGCUGCGGAUCACGUGUGGAGAUGGUGCAAGUGGUGGAAGAGCUCGUAGAGAAAGCGAGUGUGCUCGAGGAGGUGCAGAAGUGCACUGGGUGGGCCGAUGAGGACCUUGUGCGAGAGUGUAGUGAGUUGAAACGAAAAUUAACUAGUCUGUCACGGAAGAACCACGAAAUACUCUCGUUGCAGCGCCAACUCGAGGAAAAACAAAGAGAAAUUGACCAAUUGCGCGCCGAGCAGGCAGCAGUGAAGAAAGGAUUGUCGGCGACUGAUGAAGCAAUCCCAGGUACGUCGUGUCAGAUCAGAUCCAAGUAUGAUUUGGAAGGUCUGAAAAGAUUGAGAAAUGCAUGGAGUGGUGAUGAUAUUGUCUUGCAGAAUGGGCGAGAGUUGCGGCCGGCAUUGAAUCGCUUGACGCGGGACAGCUCCAGGCAGUGUUUAAGGAAGACAUUGGAGUCGAACGGUGAGUGCAGAGCCGUUUCAAGUGAUGAUGAAUUAAGUGAAAUUGAUAGCCACUUAAGUUCGAGAUCGAGUAGGUAUAGUGGUAGGAAUAGCUCAGCAUGUAGCCACAAUGGCAUGAGUUCUUACCUAAAGUACAUAGCUUUGCCUGAGGUACGAGUAUAUACUGGCAGAGAUAAAAGCUACUCAUGGGAAAACUUUUUGGAAUCGUUCCAAUUAAAGUACCCGGAAGAUAGUUGGUCCCAGAAGGAGCUGAAAGCGCUGUUGAAGUCUAAGUUGAGUGAUAGGGCUAAAGCACAAUACGAGGCACUUCCGAGGGAAGUAAGGCAUGGGCCUUAUGCGGGUAUUGUAGCUGCUUUGUCUAAAUCCAAUCGAGUCGAGGAGAAGACCGAGAGGAUAAGGGCCUUAGGGAAACUCAGAAGACUGAAAAAGGCAGAGGCGCAGACAGUGGCGGAAUACUGCGUCGAGCUGGAGAGGUUGUCGGCCAGGGCUUAUCCGGAGUUGGAUGAGGGGGCAUUAGCGACAACAAGGGCGCAACAGCUGUACGAGCAGAUAGUACAGUGGCCAGAAUCGUACUACUUCUUAGAAGCUAUGGAAAAGGAAGGGCCCAGCGCGUAUGAAAGCCUGAAGGAGGCCGCAAUGCGCGUGGAAAGAAGGAGGCUGACAUUGGAGAGUGCUAGAGCUCAAAGCUACCACGCAGCAGGAGAACGACUGGAGGGCACAUCAAGGCACGAACGGUCAAGGGUACCGGCCAAGAUGGAAAAGAGUAUAAAGAGAGAUGAAGAUGAUAACAGGCGACAAAGUGAGUUGCCGAAUAAAGAAAAGGAAGAACCAAGAUACAAAGAAAAGGGAGGACAAAUGCAGUGCUUCAAUUGCAGAGGUAAGGGUCACCUGGCAAGAGAGUGCAAGGUCAGAAGGGAGCUUGGAAGUAAAGCAACUGAGGUAUUGCUUGAGGAAACCAAGCCACCCAGGGCCCCGGAGAAGCGAUGUCCUUCAAGUGUAGUGCCACCGUUUGGGAAGAAGUCCGUUGCAAGUGUGACGAUUUUUGGCAACGCUUGGUCUGCGUUGCUAGACACGGGAUCUGAAAUUUCGAUUCUGCCGCAAAAGGUGCUGCAGAGGAUCGAAGAGGAAGGUCAUCGGCUGCAAGAGUGCCCGAUGGACCUGCGUAAAAGGAUUCUGGAUGCGUCGGGAAAUCGGAUGAAGUUCCUGAAGGUUGUGGAAGUGCCUCUAAAGGAAGGCACUGGGACAGAGAUAACCUUGCAAAUGCAUGUAUCAGUGCAGAAAGGGCAUAUGUUGGUUCUAGGCACGAACGCACUGCAAGCAAUGAACUAUACGUUAGUCAGACGACCAAGUGAAGAUUGUAGAAAGGGCGAAGUGGCGGAGGAAGCGUUGGGGAAGCCUUCGCAAGAAGCCCAAAGUGCAAGUAAAGCCACAGUAUGUAAAAGAGUUUACGUAGCCCCUGGUGAGUUCAAGUGGGUAGCGAUCAAGGGUGACGUGAAGCUCAUUCGAGAGGAUGGCACCACCGUCCAUGUGGUACCAAGGCUGGAAGACGAGUAUGAAGUGGCCGACACAAUGCAUUUUCUUCAUGUUAAGUUCCGUUGCGAUGGCCAACCAUUUCCGGCGUUGGAAGGCAGAGCAGGCUUCCCGUUAGAGACAUGUCGUUGUAGUCGAAAUACGUUUGUAAAAGAUAUGUUGUCUGAAGUACCCCAGCCGGCAUGUGAGGAGCGUAUCGAGUGUGUUCUGGACGCCGCGCGUGUCUUAUCCAUAUGGUGGGAUCCCGGCUCGAUAUCGCUGAAGGUGCAACGGAUAAUGGAUCGUUCGUAUCAGGUGCUGAGGCCGAAAGCAGUGGGAUUUGCGUAUGCUUUCUUCCGACAUCGGUGUCUGCACGUCGGGAUUAUGGCUGGAACGGUUCCCCAGAAGGCGUUGUUUUGUCAUUCGCAGAUUCAAGGCUGGUCGCUGGAUCUGACGAGGAUCAUAGAGUAUGGCUGGAGAAUCGGAAGACAGAUGGAAUGGAAACACGUCGAGCAGUCGGUGCAAAAGGCACAGGAGCAUAGUCGUACAGUCGUCGUGGUGCCCGAAGUUUUGCACAGGCUCAAGCAUUGCUUGACGAGCAGUCGGACAGUGAUUUUCUACUACAAGUCGUUCCGGGAGGUCAGAGCUACGAACACAAGUCUUUUUGCGGACGAUAUCGGAAAAGUGGUUUAUGUGCUGCCCCCUAAGGAACCGGCGGAUCCGUUCUCGUGGUUGCAGUUCGUGAACGCGAUCAACUUGUGGUUAACGUGUGGAGCGCACGUGAUUGUUGUCAACGGACCCAGAUCGUCAGAACUCAACAGCUGGGACAGAAUGAAUGAAAAGGCGAGAAAUCAUUUGAAUGGGUAUGUGGACACGUAUCCAGCAUUUCUCAGCCAACUGCACUACUUAAUACCAUCGGAGCCAGGUGUUCUCAGCUCGGCUAUGGCCUGUUUGAAAGUUGGAUUGGUGCAAGACCAGAAGAGGUGGUGGGCCGUCGAUCAGGCCGUGGAGUUCUAUGGAUUUCUUAGGCACCAAGUGAAGGAGUUCGUGCAGCUCGAGUCCGUCAAGAUUCCGAAAGCCUUGAGACCGAGGGGUAAUCCAUCGGUGGUUGUUCGCACGCAGUCGUCAGGAGGGCCGGCGAUAAGGGAUGGACGGAUUUCCAAGCGCCAUUUGAAGCGUGUGGAAAAAAGGAAACUCCGAAGUCUGCAGCGAGCGACAGAGAGAAGGCUCGACGAACUCAGUAUGGAAUAG